AAUUAAACUACGCGUAUAUUGAAAAAGGGUGAAGGUUAAAUGAAUAUUUGGGUUACGCAAAAUAAUUCGUAAAAACAUGGCCUAACCUCAACUAGCAUAGCGUAACUACCUGAAUUGUGCUCGCUACAUUAUUAUAUUUGGUAUAAAAUGAGAGCGCGGAGAGCGGUAAUAACAGUCAGUGCUGACAUUGCAUAGUGUGAACAUUAAAAUCUAAAGUGAGUGCUCAACAAGAAAGAAAGAAGAAAAAAAAGAAAAAAUAGUAAAAAAAAAAUAAGUAAAAACGCCAAUAAAACAAAUAAUAUGACCGGUACUAGAGUUUAUGUCGGUGGUUUGCCGUAUGGCGUACGUGAAAAAGAUUUGGAACGUUUCUUCAAAGGCUUUGGCUAUAUACGAGAUGUUUUAUUAAAAAAUGGUUACGGCUUUGUAGAGUUUGAAGACUCUCGUGAUGCAGAUGAUGCCGUUUAUGAAAUGAAUGGCAAAGACUGGAUGGGACGCAGAAUAGCUGUGGAAAUUGCAAAGAGUACAAGUCGUGGUGGUGGUGGUGGUGGCGGUCGCCGUGAUCGUUAUGAUGGCGGGCGUCGUGAUGAUUACCAAGAUAGACGCAGAAAUACACGUUUUGGUCCACCAAAACGCACCGAACAUCGUUUGAUAGUUGAAAAUUUAUCGAGUAGCGUCAGCUGGCAAGAUCUUAAAGACUAUGUGCGUAAAGCCGGUGAGGUGACUUAUUGUGAUGCACACAAACAGCGUCGCAAUGAAGGCGUUGUCGAAUUCGCCACAUCAUCCGACAUGAGGCGUGCAUUGGAAGAGUUGGACGACACCGAUUUGAAUGGUCGUCGUAUACGUUUGGUUGAAGAUCGUAGUGGCGGAAGAGGUGGACGCGAUCGUUCGCGCUCACGUUCUGUUUCUCGGCGGCGUUCACGCUCGAAAUCAGCACGCUCGUCACGUUCCCGCUCAAAGGAUCGUAGUCGUUCGAAAUCACGUGGCCGACGUUCGGUAUCGAAAUCGCCUGUAAAAUCGCGCUCACGUUCACGCUCGCCAGCAAAGAAAUCACGUGAUGUUAGUAAAUCAAGAUCACAUUCACGUUCCCGCUCUAGAUCUCAACGUUCUCGCCGCGACGACUCACGCAAAUCGUCACCGGUUAAGGCACGUGAAGAUUCACGUUCUCCGAAACGUUCACGUCGCGAUGAUUCCCGUGAACGCUCACGUUCAAAGUCACGUAGUGUUUCCCGCAAGCGUUCACCAUCACAAACGCGUCACGAUUCCCGUUCGCCGUCUAAGCUGCGAAAUAAAUCACGCAAACGCUCAUCACGUGACGAAUCUCGUGAACGUUCCAGAUCACGUCGUUCAUCUCGUUCUCAUCAUGAUUCACGUUCACGCUCCCGAUCACGUGGUGAUUCACGAGCCCGUUCCAGCAAUCGUUCACGUUCCGCUUCUCCAGCAAAUUAAUAAUAAAUAUGUACAUAUGUACUAGCUUAGCCAGGAUGAAUGGAUAAAUGAUUUGGAAAUGGAUUAACGGGCCUUAGAUAUGAAAAUUGUCAUGAAAAAUGUUAGCAACAAGCAUUUGAGUUUUAUGAAAUGUAAUAAAUACACGACCAAAAAAUUAAUAAAUAAAAAAUGUUUUGUAAAAUUUA